CCCGCCUCCUGUACCCCCACUUCUACCGAGCGAUGUAUGAUUUGGUCGAAAACGGAUGGAAUGCCUUCCGAAUUGAGACCGAGUUCUCCAAUCUUCUCAUGUUUUCCGACGACUGGCGGAUCAGUUAUGUCAACAAAGACUUCGCUGUGUGUCCCUCAUAUCCGGAAGCAGUGAUAGUUCCCAAACCUAUUGACGACGACUGUCUCGCAUCCAUCGCUUCCUUCCGAUGUUUGGGUCGGUUCCCAGUUCUCAGUUAUUUCCACAGAACUGCUAAAACGGUUUUGUUAAGAAGUGGUCAACCGAUGGUCGGAACCAAUUCCAAGAGAUGCAAAGACGACGAGAAAUUAAUUAAUACAGUAUUAGGUUCUGGAAAGAGGGGUUAUAUCAUAGAAACGCGAACUCAAAACUUGGCACAACUCGCGCGC